UUGAGAGGAGGACAAGCUUCUAUACACGACCCCCGUCGGCACUUCAUCAACAAUGAUUUCGCUGUUUUUGGUCCCCAUUUUCGUCUUUAUAGUAGGAAUUUUCAUUUCAGCUACCUUCAGGCAGAAAAAGCCGUUCAAAUAGCAGUUCCUCGCUUACUCUCCAUGGGAGUGAAAGUGAUCCGACCCCCUGACUAUUAUGCUGAAAUGGCGAAGAGCGAUGGUCACAUGCAAAAGGUGAGAAAGCGGUUGUUGAAAAUCCAGGAGGGUAAGGAGCGUCAGGAAGCAAUACGUAGGAUGCGAGAAGAAAAGAAGUACGCUUCUAAGGUUCAGAAAGAGGUCUUGGAAAAGCGGAGCAGCGAAAAGAAACAGUUGAUGGAAGCUGUCAAGAAGCACAAAAAAGGAAUGAAGCAACAGCUGGAGGACAUGCUUAGCAAUGUUAAAAGGAUGGGACUGGACCAGGUAGUUUAG